AUGACUAAAAUGAAUGAUCAUACGACUCAAAUAAUCAAACAAGAGGUAAUAACAGAACAAUAUUGUGAUGAACUGAAGUCUAUAAUGACUGAAUCUAAUCAUUCAAUUCAAACAUUCACACAAGAGGUCAUACCCGAACAGUUUUGUGAUGAACUGAAGACGAUUGAUAAAUCUGAUACUUCGGUUCAUAUGAUAAAACAGGAAAUAAAAACAGAACAAAAUGAGUUGACAUUAACGGAGAAGUAUGGGGGAUUUGUUUGCCCGGAGUGUAGCGAACAUUUCUACAGUGAUAAAUCCUUUGUUGAACACGUCAGAGAACGACAUACAAUUUAUCCGCUAUGCGAAGUUUAUGAUAACAAUGAGAUUGGAUUAAAAACAGAUCCAGGAAAUCCCAUGGAAAAUUGUAAAGAGAAUAUUUGUCCAAUUUGUUGGGAACGUUUCUUGGACGAUAAUAACUUUGAUCAGCAUAUCAGAGAACAUUAUAACAUGAAGUGUGCCAGACAAAAUAGUUCUCAGUUAACUUCGAAUAUCAACAUGAUUUACUCACCAGACCAGAACGAAAAUUCCAGGACUAGGCAAAUGGAGAAUAUAAAUGGCCAUUCUUUCCUAAACAAGGAAAUUCCAUCACUUGGAGCAUUUACAAACCUCACUGAAUCACCACCUCCGGAUGGUAAAAAACAUCAGGCAGAAAAUGAUGAUGAUCACAGUACUGAUAGUGAUUAUAUACCAGAGCCUGAUAGUGAUUAUAUACCAGAUAGUGAUAGUGAUUAUAUACCAGAUGCAGAGCCUGAUAGUGAUUAUAUAGCAGAUAGUGAUAGUGAUUAUAUACCAGAGCCUCAAAUGAUUAACUCGUAUAGGAGUAGACCAUUCAGAUGUGAGUUUUGUUCUUCUGCUUUUACUCAAAAGGGAAAUCAACUAAGGCACCAACGAAUUCACACAGGUGAAAAGGUGGAAAAGCCCUACAAAUGUAAAAUUUGCUCUUUUGCUGCCAUUGAUAAAUCAAACCUAACAUUGCAUCAACGUAUCCAUACAGGAGAGAAGCCAUUUAAAUGCGAAUUUUGUUCUUCCGCUUUUUCUCGAAAACAUCACCUCCAACUACACCAACGUCGUAAUAAUACUGGAGAGCGCAAGCGGCCCUUUAAGUGUGAAGUCCGUUCUGUCCAAAGAUCAGAACUGGAGCAGCACAAACGUAUUCAUACAGGAGAGAAGCCAUUCAAAUGCGAAUUUUGUUCUUCCGCUUUUGCUUGGAAAUCGCAUCUCCAAAGACAUCUUGUUAAACACACUGUGAAAGUGAAACAUACUGUUGAUAAGCCCCAUAAGUGUGACAGUUGUCCCGCUGCUUUUUCAACCAAGGGAAGUCUAACAAGGCACAAUAAAAGCGUUCACAUUGGUGUAAAACCGUUUAAGUGUGAAUUGUGUCCUGCUGCUUUUUCACAAAGAGGGAAUCUUAUGAAUCACCAACGAACUCACACUGGUGAAAAGCCUUUUAAGUGUAAAGUGUGCACUGCUGCUUUCAUCCAAAUAUCAGGUCUAAACAAUCACCAACGUAAACAUACUGAAGACAGGCGUUUUAAGUGUGAUAUUUGCCCCUCUGCUUUUUCUCAAACCUCAUUCCUAAUCACACACAAACAAGAUCAUCACUCCGGCAAUACAUCACUCCGGCAACACACAAAGCCUUUCAAGUGUGAAAUUGAACAUGAUCUGCUUUUGCUGAAAGGUCAAGUCCAAUCAAACAUAGACUAG